CCAUUCAUGACAAGCGACCCGUCUUGAUCACAACAAAAACACGUGCGUUGAUCGACCCUCCCGCUGCAUGUGGUUGUGUGUGGCCUUAUUGAGUUCUUUAACUCCGGCGACGCUGCUUUAUCCAACGAUACGUUCUUCUGCGUCUCAUGGUUACACUUGAAUAGAACGGUAUGCCUCCCAAAGGGAAGUCUUCCAAGGCAGACUGGCAGCAGUGCACGUCAUGUGGCGUCAUCCUGGCUACGAAAGACGUUACACUUCACGAACACUGUUGCUCAAAGUUGAGCGGUGAUGAUGAUCCAAAGCACGAUUUUAUAAGAGACUGCGUUCUACACGGCACACUGCAAGCACUACCCGCAGACGAUACGGCUGGCUUGUCCAAUUCGACGAAAUCCCAGCUCCUCUACCUAAAUCCCUCAUGCAUGAGGAUGUGCGACAUCGGCAUAAAAGAUGUGGUGGAGCUCUGUGAAGACGGAGAAAGGCACUUGCUUGUGGCAUGGCCUUCUCGGAAUAUUGGCCUCACCGGAGUCUCCAUCCACAGGCAGCCCAAACCGAGCGUGCCGAGAAAAGUGACUGUGGCAAAGCACUCUGACUGCAUCGUUGGAGCAAGCUCCGUAACAUUGAUGCCGGAUGAGAAGUUGCAGCAAGUUUCCGUACUCGAGCUGCAGAGAUGCAUUCUUCAACAAAAUUUGGGUGUCUUCGUGAGGACCGGAUCGAAACUGCAGUGCCGUGUCUACGGUCACGACCUGCGGUUUACCGUGCUGUCCGCAAAAGGCGAAGGAGGACUUUCGUCGGGUGACCUGCUUUGCUCGUCGUCGGUUGAUGGUGAUGAUCUCGAAGAGAAGCUACAGCACCUCACCGUUAGCGAAGGACACAGUAGCCCCAGUGCUUCAAAAACUCCAAGGCCGUCGUCCGCUCAAGUUCAUUCAACACCGCCACAGAGGAUGCCACUAACCCCGAGCAGGCAAGGCCCGGCUGCAUUCAAUACUCCAAAGGCACCUGAAGGGAGGGCGGGGUCUCGCAUUUCGUCGGCGGUUUUUCACCGCAUCACGAUCGGCACGGAAGUCACCGUCAUGGAGGAGGGCAGCGUGGGGCCGGAGGUGUCCCAUAGGGCGGGGUACGACCAGAUCGGAGGGCUGGACAGGGAGAUCCAGCAGCUGCGAGAGCUGGUCGAGGUGCCUGCCAGGCACCCUGCCACCUUCUCACGUUUCGGCCUGAAGCCUCCCAGGGGAGCACUACUGUUUGGGCCGCCUGGCACGGGAAAGACCUUGCUUGCACGGGCGGUUGCAGCCGAAUCGGGAGCAAGUCUUGUGGUGCUUGAUGGGCCGCAGGUCUUCAGCAAGUACUAUGGGGAAACGGAAGCUGCUCUGAGAAACGUCUUCAAGGACGCAGUCGAGAGGGCACCAAGCGUCCUCUUUGUGGACGAGAUCGACGCCCUGUGUCCCAAGCGUGAAGCCGGCACAUCCAGCCAGGAAGCUAGGGCGGUGUCGACCUUGGUGGCAUUGCUGGACAAUUUGCCGUCAAUGCAAGAGAAGUGGGUGCUAGUUCUGGGCGCCACUAACCGACCCAACAACGUGGAUCCGUCGCUGCGCCAGCCUGGCCGCCUCGACAGGGAACUCGAGAUUGGAGUGCCCACGGCGUCGGGACGACUUCAGGUCCUGCUUUUUGGCGCGGGGAAAAGCCACGAGCCUUCGGUGAUUCCUUCGCCGAUCAUUUUUUCCGCGUCCGACACGGGCAUAGUGUCUUUUGCCCCGUCAUCGUCAUGCUACAUCCGCCACGGCGAGACAUCGAUCGCCGAUGACACGUCUUUCGACCACGUUACAAGGCUGCACCAAUCAUCUUCAAGAACUGCCACGCCCCUGGGUGUCUUAAAAGACUGGAACGGACUUCACUGUGCUAGUGGUGGGCACGUUACGCUUUGCAGCAGCAUGUCUAACCCGCUCGUCUUCGCCUGUUUACAGGUCCUGCUUUUUGGCGCGGGGAAAAGCCACGAGCCUUCGGUGAUUCCUUCGCCGAUCAUUUUUUCCGCGUCCGACACGGGCAUAGUGUCUUUUGCCCCGUCAUCGUCAUGCUACAUCCGCCACGGCGAGACAUCGAUCGCCGAUGACACGUCUUUCGACCACGUUACAAGGCUGCACCAAUCAUCUUCAAGAACUGCCACGCCCCUGGGUGUCUUAAAAGACUGGAACGGACUUCACUGUGCUAGUGGUGGGCACGGUACGCUUUGCGGCAGCAUGUCUAACCCGCUCGUCUUCGCCUGUUUACAGGUCCUGCUUUUUGGCGCGGGGAAAAGCCACGAGCCUUCGGUGAUUCCUUUGCCGAUCAUUUUUUCCGCGUCCGACACGGGCAUAGUGUCUUUUGCCCCGUCAUCGUCAUGCUACAUCCGCCACGGCGAGACAUCGAUCGCCGAUGACACGUCUUUCGACCACGUUACAAGGCUGCACCAAUCAUCUUCAAGAACUGCCACGCCCCUGGGUGUCUUAAAAGACUGGAACGGACUUCACUGUGCUAGUGGUGGGCACGGUACGCUUUGCGGCAGCAUGUCUAACCCGCUCGUCUUCGCCUGUUUACAGUCAGUUUUCACAAGAGACGAUGGCAUCCUUCCCAAUUUCUACGUGCCUUGUGGCAUUCCUGCUAUAACUGACGUGACAGUGAACCAGCAAGGUCUGUUCAAUUUGUUAUUAAACCUUGAUGCUAAAAAAUCAUCCGGGCCUGACGAAAUACCUAAUAUAUUUCUAAAAAGAUAUGCAGAAUGGUGCUCCCAUUACCUGGUAAUAAUUUUUAAACUAACACUUGACAAAGGAACAAUUCCCCGAGAUUGGAAAUGUGGCAAGAUAAUUCCGGUCCAUAAGAAGGGUGAUAAAACUAUCUUGAGUAAUUAUCGACCGAUUUCCCUAACGAGCACGUGCUGUAAAACUUUAGAACAUAUCUUAUCGAAACAUUUGAUCACUUUUAUUGAGAGUAACAAACUUCUGGGCUCUAAUCAGUAUGGAUUCAGACGGGGGUGUUCUACAACUACGCAGCUAAUCGAAAUUUUUCAUGAUUUGAGCAUAACCGCAGAUAAAGGGGGGCAGACAGAUAUUAUAUUUUUAGAUUUCGCUAAAGCUUUUGACCGCGUAUCGCACCCGAAAUUGUUGUACAAGCUUAGUCACGUUCUUAAGAAUGAUCAGAUAGUCGAUUGGUUGAACUCAUAUUUAUCAGGACGGGAACAGUAUGUGUAUUUUAAAAAGGAGAGAACAGAAUCAUUACAAGUAAUAUCCGGCGUCCCGCAGGGUUCGGUACUUGGACCGCUUCUUUUUAUAUUAUUUAUCAGCGACAUGGGAAAGGACUUUGACUCCGCGGUAACUUUAAAGCACUUUGCGGAUGACACUGUGAUUUACUCCAAUAUCAGUUCCAAUGAAGACCAACUAAAUUUGGACAAGCACUUGCGUAAGAUAAUGAAAUGGUGCGCUGACUGGCAGAUGGAACUGAAUAUAAGUGAGACGGUCUACAUGAAUGUAACGCGCAAAAAACAACACUUACAGUUUAACUACAGUAUUAAUGGUCUUCCGCUUGUUAAAGUUAACGAAUAUAAAUACCUUGGAGUGCACUUAAGAAGUGACUUAAGCUGGAACUCCCAUAUUGACUAUGUAUGUAAGAAAGCCUUUCAAAAACUAUGGAUGCUUAAAACAAAGUUAGAGUUCGCUAGUUCCGAUGUCAAAUUAAUUGCCUUUAAGUGUCUAAUUUUGCCAACUCUGGAAUACGCUAGUCCGGUUUGGGAGCCAUUCACAAAUCAAAAUAUUUAUAAAUUGGAAAGAAUUCAAGAUAAGGCUGCUAGAUUUAUCUUUAAUUGCUACCGGUCGACUGAGUCGGUCACAAAACUCAAGGAGCAAGCAGGCCUGCCUAGCAUAAAGACCAGAUUAGAAACGAAUAGAAUGAAACUUUUUUUUCAGAUAUUUCAUGGUCAUUCGAUGUUAGAUACCCAAAAAUACGUCGUGAUGUCUCCUCCGGUGUACCACAGAAUAAAACAUAGCUUAAAUAUCCAAUCCUAUCAAUACUCUACGGAUCAUUUUAAGUACUCCUUUUUUGUUCGAUGUAUUGAUUUCUGGAAUAAGCUGCCUGAAUGUAUAGUCAACUCUCAAAGUGUGUCAACUUUUGUGAAGGAAAUUGAAAUGUUUCUUUCUUCCCAUGUCACCAAGGGAUGUGACUGAAUUAUUGAAUUCUUUGUGUGUCCUUGGUAUGUUUUUGAAAAUAUGUACCACUCCUGCCUUGGCCUCACGGCUGGCAGAAUGAAUAAAUAAAUAAAUAAAUAAAAAUAAACCUAAUUUAAUGUUUCUCACUUAAGGCUUUUCUCUGAGACUUUUCUGUCUCAAGGUACACCUCUUGAUUCAGAGCCAUUCUGGGCAUUGAAGCAAUGAAGCAAUUCAGGGAGUGUUUGGCAGGUAGCUAGGCAUGACUAGAUGCCUCAGGCCUUCUACAGAAAUGCUUAAACUGGAAUAGCACUUUACUUAGAAGGCAGGGAGGGCUGAGGAAAUUUGGGGUGUCGUGGAACCCCUGAGGGUACUCUCGAGAACUGCCGUGUUCAACCCCAGUGGGUGUCUGGUGUCUGGUGUCUGGUGUAGGUGAUAAGUUUAGUUAGUGUGGUACGACUGCUCGCCUGGGGUCAG